AUGACACGGGACGUUCGUCAAAUAUCGAGCGUCAUCACGCAUCUCGAUGACCAUGAUCAAGGCUCUGUAUCGCCACAGCUGUUACAAUCUGACAAUGGGGAAAUUGCCACCGAACCCGAUACGACUGAUGUGCUACAGCUCAUGAUGACUUCCGAAGAAAUGACGUCUCCUCGAAGGGUCGACCAGCCAGAGAACCACAAUUCAACAGCCGACCAAGGGUUUGCUGGACGAGGAAAUGGUUACCAGGCCGCACUGUCGGAAGUGCGCCAAGCUAAAAGUCCAAUAGCAGCUGGUUUCGAGGCAGAGACCUAUCUUAAGAAGGAGCUAGCGACUAACCACCGCCUCAGUGCCCUCGAGCGGGAGAGCUUAACAGUAGCCAUUGACAUGAUUCCUCAAAUAGGUGGCUGUAGACAAGGAUGGAACGAUGGAUACGAGCAACUUGAUUUCGAUCGACACGCUCUCGAUAACUCAUCGAUGUACCCAUCAGCAGAGACAAUGUGCUUCUUGUCAAAUGACUCUAGGACCAUCGCAGGCGUAUUUCAUUCCGAAAUCGUUUCGCUCAUUUCAAAAAGUUCCUUUGAACGUAUGGCAUAUGCUUUGAUCGAUCGGGAGGUUCACGGCCACACCCGAGCUGAAUAUAUUGUAUGCGUCAACUUCUUCACACUUACGCUAGUAGGUGGGUUAGAGGCAGGUGCUAGCAGCAAUUGCAUCGCGAAACGAUUGACUUCCUUGCAAGACCGGUAUCGGGAAAACGCUUUCAAGGCUUUGCAUCAUAUCAGUGUGCUCAGUCCCCCAAGCCUAUCACUUCUUCAAGCCCUGCUCGCCGGCGCAAUGCUCUUCCAGAUGGCUGGCAAUGUGGAAAAAUGCGCUCAGCUCACGAGUACUGCUUGUCUCGUCUGUAUGCAUUUAGGAGGCCACUACUUCGCCGAGUUAGCCUCAGAUGAGUCCAGGCAAGAAUCUCUUGAGGUCCGCCACUGUUUAGGCCAUUGCUAUAUCAUGGAUAAGUCGCUUUCCUUGUCCUUAGCCAAGCGUUCAUUUUUGCCCGAGAUGCAAAUAGAUGCCUCGAUAUUGAUGCCACCGGUACCAGAGAUUCCUAGCACUCUCAUCUUCAACAUUUACAUUGAGUUUGCAAGGAUCCAGGACGACGUGGCACGAGAAAUGCGAGACCCCACUUCUGGAAUCGAAAAUCCACGACGCCUAAGAGUGAUUGAAGAUCUCAGAUCUCGAAUGGAACGUGUUCGUUUUAACAUCCAAAACUUCCGUUCACGCCCACCCCAAUCUACCGACGAUCUGCUCCGUGGCGAAUGGAUGGGCAUCGACUUCACUUACUUUGGACUCAUGACUGCCAUCUCCCGUCUCCACUUCAACUUCGAAUCCAGCAAGGACGUGCGCGAAUUAUGCUAUGAAAAUGCUAGGCGUUCACUUUCCAGUCUAAGAGAUAUGGAGCUACAUGCUCAACAAUCCCGUGCGAUCCGGAAUGCGUACUGCCUAUCUGCAUGUUGGAUUAUCCUACUAUACCCUAUGUGCCCAUUCUUCGCCAUCCUUUGCAACGUUGUCGAGUCAUCGUGUUGGCAUGACCUGAAGUUGCUUGAAGAUGUCACAGAAGGUCUAGAGAUCUUCGCUGACUUCAAUGCAUCGGUCGGAGACUUACGCGAAUUAUGUCAGACUCUUGUAUCCUUGUGUCAGACAUUACAGCAGGACCGCAAUUUUGUUCCCGCUGUUGCCCGCUAA